AUUAUCAUCUUUCAGGCAUAUCUGCAUAAAAACAGCCUUAUCUGUUUACCUUUUGUCUGUCUGCUUAAGUUUGUAGCGAAGCUUUAGCUUCUGUCAGUAUAGCAUUUCAAACACCAAGGUACUUUUUUCAGCAUUCUUUUUUGUUUGAAUCUGUAGCUAAUGGCAACCUCUUCAAACAGUGCUAGACAAUCCAAGUAUGGCCCUCACAAUGCUUUUGAUGGCCUAAGAGUUAUCCUGCCAGAUCCUGCUGCAUCCGACCAACAAGUGUAUCCUACAGUAAAUGCUUUUGAUAGCCUAAAAAUCGCUCCACCUACUCCUGCUUCUACUUAUACUGCAUCCUCAUCCGGAACGAAACACCUGCCCUAUGAUGUUUUUAUUAAUCAUCAUGGAGGAGAUUCUAAACACACGGUGGCAAAGGCUAUCUACAACUCCUUACAUUCUACUGGACUUAGAGUAUUUUUAGACAAAGAUGAGCUGAAACUUGGAGAUUUCUUUCCUAAAACUUUAGAAGAAGCCAUGCUUAGUGCUGAACUUCAUAUAGCUAUUUUUUCUGAGCAUUAUGCACAAUCCCCCUGGUGUUUGGCCGAGUUGGCAUUUAUGGUGAAAACCGGCACCAAAAUUAUUCCAGUUUUCUAUUAUGUUGACCCGUCUACUUUAAGAUGGGCGAUUCAAGGAAAAGGAAUAUAUGCAGAUGCCUUCUCUAACUAUGAAAUGAAGAGAAGAUACAGUUCGGAACAGCUUCAACAGUGGAAAUGGGCACUCCAUGAAGCCUCCUUUUUUACUGGCGACAUCAUUACGAAACAGGAGGACGAGCAGAGGGUGGUGAAGAAUGUGGUGAAUUGUGUGUUGAGAGAAAUGAACAAGGUGCCAUUAGAGGUUGCCAAGCAUCCGGUGGGUAUAGAUGAAGCUGUGCAUAACUUUGAAAAAAUUAGACUUCAAUCUGGUGGCUUGAUACAAAUUGUAGGUAUAUGGGGCAUGGGUGGCUCCGGCAAAACCACCCUCGCAAAGAAAAUAUUUAAUGACAGACGCUCAGUCAUGGAUAGGUCAAGUUUCCUUUUUGAUCUUCGAGAUGCUGCAGGAAAAGGGCUGAUGGUUGAGAAACAGAAAAGGCUUCUGGAGGACCUUGAUUUCAAGGACGAAUCCUUUGACAAUGUAGACAUAGGCAAAGGGAUUCUUGAAAGCCGUUUGAGAUCUGUAUCUGUCCUUAUCAUUUUAGAUGAUGUGGAUCAUACAGAUCAAUUUGAUGCUCUGUUGCCAGCACGGGAGAAACUUGGACAACGAAGUUUGAUUGUUGUUACCACACGCGAGCUGGAUGUUCUUAUAGCAUGGGGUAUCUCUGCAGUUUAUGAAAUGAGACCUCUCAAUUCCAUUCAUGCCAAGCAGCUCUUUUGUUGGCACGCAUUCUUACAACCCACUCCACUGCCAGGAUUCGAGGAUCUUGUUGAGAAGUUCUUAAAUGCUUGCAAAGGUCUGCCUUUGUCACUCAAGGUCUUAGGGGCACAGCUAUAUGGCAGAUCUCGUAAAGAUUAUUGGCAGUCUCAAUUAAAUAAAAUUUCCAGAAUAUUGCCGGCCGACAUCAAAUGGAGGCUCAAAGUGAGCUAUGAUGCCCUUGACGAUGAAGAGAAAGAGAUGUUCUUGGAUGCAGCGUGCUUCUUCAUUGGAGAGAGGAAAAGUGUGGCCAUUGCAAUAUGGGACGGAUCGGGGUGGAGUGGCCUGCAUGGUUGGGAAAAGCUUUUCAAUAAGUGUCUUGUUGAGAUAGAGGAUGGUGGAGAGAUAAGAAUGCAUGAUCAUUUGAGGGAUUUGGGAAGGGAAGUUGCAAACCGACAGGCACCUUAUCGACUUUGGUCUCCACAGCAGUGUAUCCAGAUUCACUCUCAACAGGAAGCAAUACAAAUCCGAGGUUUGGUAAAUGCAAUUGAUGACAAUUGUUACCUUGGACAAGGGAAUAUCAGAAUAUGCACAAGCUUAGGAGAGCGUAGUGUCGCCCUAUCUUCCCUUGGAUUGAAGGUUUUUGUUGGUCAUGGAGAUUUCAUUAAUCAGGAACUUGGUGAAAUAUCAGGAGAGCUCGUCUGGUUUCAAUGUGUUGAAUUUAAGCACAGAAAUCUUCCAUCUUUGAAAAAAUUAAAAAUUUUGAAAAUUUUCAGCAGUUGGAGCUUAGAAAAUUUGUGGGAACACGAUACGGAUGCUCCUGUGCAUCUAAAAGAGUUGGUUAUAGAGAAGUGCGAAAGAUUGCGGGAAUUUCCAAGGUCAAUAGGAUGUCUCAAGAAUCUGAAAAAGAUAAUAAUUCGUCCGUAUCAUUUAAGUUGGUUGAGCGCCCUUCCACAAGAAUUUUGUAAUCUCCAAUCACUGGAGCACGUGGAGAUACGAAGUUGUGCAAAUCUGUCAUCCCUGCCGAGAAAUUUCGGCGAGUUGACAAAUCUGAAACACCUGAAUUUGAAUGGUUGCACCGCAUUGAAGAUGUUACCAGAUUCUUUUAAGAAGCUGACACGUCUGGAACAUCUUAAUUUAGAGAACUGCGGUGAGCUCAUCAUCAAGUCGGACGUAGUGGAAAACAUGAGAAAGCUCAGGUAUUUGAAUCUUACUUGGUGCAAGAAAUUAGAAGAGUUGCGCCUUCCAGAAGUGGCUUCCUUAACAAAUCUCUAUUUAAAAGGAACCGGCCUGAAGCAACUGCCAAGUAACAUCUUUCAUCUUACCAAGUUAACCGAGUUGGCAAUAGGAGGUGAGUUCUUGGAAACCCUGCCAAGCUCUCUUGGAAAUUCGUCCCCCUUAAACAAAAUUGAAGUAAGGCUUUGUAAGAAAUUGGAAUCUUUAUCAGAUUCGCUCCAACAUCUUAAAUGCUUAAAGGAUUUGGUUAUAUACGGUUCAGGAGUGAAGUGUUUAUCAAUAUCAUUUAUCCAUCUUCAAAGUCUAGAAAUAACAGAUACUCCAAUCAGCGAGUUGAGUUUUGGGUUAGGGUGCAUGCUCAAGACAAUAAGUUUAUGGAGCACGGAAGUGUCCAAGAUUUCAAUUAGUGAAGAUAGUUGUCCCUUUCUUGAGACUCUUCGCCUAGGCAAUAAUAAGGAUUUAAGGGACGUGGAAACCCUGCCAGCAACAUUGAAGAGCGUGUCUGCUAGUCAAUGUAAUGUUCUGAAGGACAUCAGAGGUGUGCGUUGCUUGAAAAAACUUGAGGAGUUGAAGAUAGAGAACUGUACAGAGUUAGACGGGCUUCCAUGUUUUGCAGAAUUAGUGUCUUUAGAAAAUUUCACAUUGAAAGGUAGCAGCAAGGUGAAGAAAAUAGCUGGUAUACAAGUCUUGCAAACUUUACAUCUCAUGAAAUUUGAAUUGCAAAAAUGUAUCAAAUUUGAGAAGAUAGAAAGUUUUAGGUGUUUGAAAUCACUGGAGGUGUUGAAGAUAACUGACUGUCAAGGGUUGGAGGCACUUCCCGGUCUUUCAGAAAUCACUUCCCUAAGAAUAAUUCAGUUGAAAAAAUGCCACAAAAUGGAGAAGAUAGAAGAUUUAGGUGGUUUGAGAUCACUGGAGACCUUGGAAAUUAGUGACUAUCCAGAAUUGGAGAAGAUAGAAGGUUUAGGUGGUUUGAGAUCACUGAAGACCUUGAAAAUUAGUGACUGUCCAGAACUAGAUAGGCUUCCAAGUCUUGAUGAAUCAACUUCUCUUCAAUAUUUUGAUUUGAAAAUGUGCCACAAAUUGAAGAAGAUAGAAAGUUUAGGAAGUUUGACAUCAUUGGAUCAGCUGAACAUUAUUGACUGUCCACAAUUAGACGGGCUUCCAAGCCUUGAAGAUUUAACUUCUCUUCAAUUUUUUGAUUUGAAAAUGUGCCACAAAUUGAAAAAGGUAGAAGGUUUAGAAGGAUUGAGAAAACUGUUGCGCCUGACUAUUAGUGACUGUCCAGAGUUAGAGAGGCUUCCAAGUCUUGAAGAAUUAAUUUCUCUUAGAUAUCUUGAUUUGAGAAUGUGCCAGAAAUUGAAGGAAAUAGAAGGCUUAGAACGAUUGGAGAAUUUGGAGGUACAUUCCUGCCUGAAUGUGCCGUCUAUAGUCAACCUGGAGCAUUGUCAAAGAUUGGAGAGGCUGGUAGUCGUAGCAAAGGACAGAUCAGAUGUUGAACCAUAUAUCAGUAACAUACAGAAAUGGCCCAGCGAAGUGAUAAUAUGCACGAGGGUAGCAGUGCCAAAUGUCUCUAUUCUUGACUAUCCCGAAGGGGGAUUAGAUGCAAUGGCAGAAUUGAUCAAGUGGCUGGAGGAUGUCAGUCUGACAUGUUUUAUUAUAGAUUGUGUUUAUCCUUAUUUAAACAUCCAUAUAGAUUGUGGCAUAAGAUCUUUUGAUACCGAAUUGGCGGAGGGAAAAUGGUUAUGGAUGGGCGUCUCCACACAAGGCCCCCCCGGGCUUCGAUAUGACCCAGACGAAAUUUGGGCAUACAGCGAAAAUAACCAAAGCAGGGUGAAGGUAAAAGUGGAAGACGCAUGGUCAGUGAUGGGCGAAGAGGGCAGCAUAGUAGAGGCUUUCCGUCAAAUUUUCCAGAGUUAAUGCGUGCUGAAUUAGUUUUAUUUGUUCAUAUAAAAAGGUAAUUGUUAAUCUCUCUAUUAAGAAUAGUAUAAUUUAAAUUUUACAUUUGUAUAAUUAUAUACAUCUCACUACGAUUUAUGGUUUUUAUAAGUGUAAGACAUUUGCAUACGAUGAUCUCAUAAGAGCGAUGAUAUUUAUCAAAGGAUAGUGAAGUGGAGGUGUCAGACUAAAAGGGAUUUAGUGACAUAUUUGUGAGUCAAUGCAACACUGGUGAUCACUCUCUUACUGACAGCUGGACUGAACAAGGGAUGACUUGAAACUUCUAAGCUUUGGGUUGCUUUCUAUGGAAUAGCAUUGUUCUUUGUAUGGUAUACAAUUUCAUUUAAGUUGCUACAGCUGAAUGUUUUUGGUGUUGUAGCUACUUUGUAUUUGUUUCAACCAGUGUUUUGCUGGUCUAACAGCUAUGCUUGUUUACAGCUGAAUGGAGACUUGGAAUUUGAUGGUCUAUGUGACAGUUUUUUCACUUUUGGAUUGUACAGCUUAAAAAGUUUGCACUGGCAUGCUAUACUUUACUAAAACCAUAUAUAUGUUAUUUCAAUUUUAUUCUUUA